CGCGGGGCUCUAACGGCCGAAACCGUUCCAUCCUCCGCCGCCGCGGGUCCCUGGGCUCUAUGUUGAUCAAGACGGGGAAUCUGUUCAAGCAGGGGGGUGGUCGGCCCGGUCGAUUCCAGCGCAAGAACUGGAAGCCCCGAUGCUUUAAAUUGACGACCGAAGCACUCGACUACUACGACUACAAAUCUGGCCAACUCAAGGGCACGAUCGACUUGACCGCAUGCCUCGGUCCUCAAGCAAUUGAGGUGAUGCCUACCGACUGCGCUCGGAAAUCUCUCUUUUCCACAACGCCGAUGUGGCGCAUGGCCAUCCAGACUCGCACGAGGCGCUGGUUCUUGGCAGCGGACACCGAAGCGAUCCUGGUCGAGUGGGCUGAUGCGCUUGUGAUGGUACUGGGAAAACUGCAGCUGCGACAGACUACACCUCCGUUGUCUCCAAGCGCUGCUGCAUCUCGCGACAUUGCCGUCACUCAACCUUGCGCAUGACGCGCGUUCAACGCCACACACCUCGUUCCUUCUGCCCGCGCUGUUGUGCUCGAUCGCAUCUUGAAGCUAACUUUAGCAUACAUCUUCAAGUAAAUACGACGCUCAUAGCAC